GUCAAUGUCAAUGUCAAUUUGUUUCACGGCGAUUGUAUUGGCGUCCCGAUAUUUAAUUUUCAAUUGCUGUAAUCAAUACAAAUUGCUUGAAUUUCUUCUCAAUCGCCUUUCCAAGAACCGGAGUAAUUGUAGUGCUACAGUUAACGGUUUUCUGUAACAAUAUCGUACUCAAACAACAUCAUGCUAGUCCUAGUUCUCGGAGACCUGCACAUCCCUCACCGCUGCAGUAGCCUGCCGCCCAAGUUUAAGAAGCUGCUGCUUCCAGGCCGGAUACAGCAUAUUCUAUGUACAGGAAACCUCUGUACGAAGGAGUCCUAUGAUUACUUGAAGACUUUAGCCAGCGAUGUCCAUGUUGUCAGGGGAGAUUUUGAUGAGAAUUCCACAUACCCAGAACAGAAAGUGAUAACCGUCGGUCAGUUCCGCAUCGGUCUGAUCCAUGGCCACCAAGUAGUACCCUGGGGUGACGAGGAGACCCUCGCUCUUGUACAGAGGCAGCUGGACGUAGAUAUCCUGAUAUCGGGCCACACUCACCGCUUUGAAGCGUACGAGCAUGAGAACAAGUUUUAUAUCAAUCCGGGAUCUGCUACUGGGGCAUAUAGUCCUCUUUUCAGGAAUGCCACUCCAUCAUUUGUUCUGAUGGACAUCCAAAGCUCAACGGUAGUCACUUAUGUCUACAAACUGCUCGGAGACGAAGUCAAAGUGGAAAGAAUUGAAUACAAGAAAGCCUAACUAUUAAUGUAGUUGUAAAAUAGUUUUAAUUAAUAUAUUGUUAUGUAAUCAUAUUAUGUGUAUAAAGUUUAUAUGGAUAAAUAUCUCUUUAAUUGUAAUAAAUGCACCUGAGUACAUUUUA